CAUUGGCUGCUAACUAUGUGUCUUGCCAAGGAGCUUAGGUGGUCAUGAGAGAGAGAGAGAGAGGAGCUGGGCGUUUGUUGUUGUUGUUGUUGUUGGGGGGUGUUUCAUCAUUUACAAGGCUUGGUAGUUUUAGAGAGGUGGGGUGGGUGGAUGACCAGAUCCAAUGCGUCGGUUCUGGAAAAAACCUGACACACACACACACAUUUACACACACACACACACCAGCACGUAGCUAACCUACAUCUGGAUGGUGACAACAUGAGCUGCGACUUCGUGUGACAAUGCAUAACUCCCCUCUUUUCCAGUACCUGCACGAUCUAGGGCACACAGACUUCGAGGCAUGUCCGACGGCAUCACAGGACGACGAAUAUGGCGGAGAAGGGGGAGACCUCAACUCUCCCGACGAAGAUGCACAGAAAACUUCAGGAGGACGCUUAUGGAGACUGGCUGAAGCCUUGUGGAGAUGGAGUCCGAUCCACCAGGCGGCUGCGUCUCGUAAGCUGGGCCAGCAGCUGGACUGCGUGUUCGGCCAGUACUCGGUGAGGUGCAUUCUGGACCAGGACGUGCUGCUGCAGGAGGAUGUGGAGCUGAUCGAGCUGUUAGACCCGAGCCUGCUCACCCUCGGCUCGUCGCCCUCUGGCUCAUCCGGAAGAGCGAGCGCCCUGCCCAGACCGGGCCUCAUAGCCAGGCCGUCCCUGUGGGACAUGGCGGGACUGGUCGGCCUGGCCGCCGUGCUGCUGGGUCUCUGCUCUUCAUCUGGCGGUCUGUGGUCGCUGGCCGCGGCCCCGUGGGGCCUGGCGCUGCUGGGCUGGGUUGGGCUGAGGGGGGUCAUGCUGUGGAGACGGGGAUGCAUGCAGAGAGCCGUCCACGCUCGGGCCACGCAGCUCCAGAAUCUGGUCCACAACAGCAAGAUGCUGACUGGACUGUCCCGGAAAGCCCUGCGCCUGGUGCAGGAGACGGAGGUCAUCUCCCGAGGGUUCACCCUUUUGCUCGACAGGGUGAGUGCGGCCAGCUCCUUUAGCAGGGCCGGGCCGGGGGGGAUGCCGCGAGGCCAGCAGCUGAUCGGACUGAGGAAGGCCCUGUACCGGGCGCUGCGCUCGGCCUUCAGGUCCUCGCGGAGAGCCACGUGUCACAUGCUCAAGGCGUUCCCUCUGAACUCUGAGAUCGAUAACGUGACCAACUACGUGUCCGCGGUGCCUCUGAAGGAGCUCGGGCUCGGCCUGGGUAUCGAGCACCUGGGUGACGAGCAGGCUCAGGAGCUGACGGACGACUACAGCCUGCCUGCCCUGAAGAUGCUGUUCCAGCUGUGGGUGGGACAAAGCUCCGAAUGUUUCCGUCGGCUCGCUCUUCUCCUGUCGCCCCGAAGAAUAGAAGAAUCCGAGGAGGACGAACCCAAAGCAGACACCUCCCCUCAUCCUCUUCUUCCUCCUCCUCCUCCUCCUCCUCUUCCACCCCUGCUGCACCACUCCAUCGCCGCGGUGACCGAGCCCCUCCAUCAUGCUCUGUCCAGCUGUCUCGGCGAAGUGCAGCGCAGCUACGACUUCCACCGACACUUUGAGACCCAGCUGAGGACGACGGGCUCCGACAGGACGGGGAGAGCCAGGGAGAAAUGCCGAGAGCUCAACACGCUGCACACCUCCAUCCGGAGCCUGCAGCUGCAUCUCAAGGCCCUGCUGAGCGAGAUGAUCAUCCUGGAGGACGACCUGGAGAAACUCAUGGUGUCCAAGGAACCGACGGAGUUGUCGUUCGAGGGCUACCAGGACCUCAGUGACCGGCUGCACCAGCUGCAGCCUCACAUGCAGGCCAGCGCCGGCUGCUGGGAGGACACCAUCAGCCAGGUGGAGCGCAUGAUGAGACGGGCCAACGCCUGUCCAGGUAACGCUCAGUGUCUGCAGCAUUGUGGCCCCCCUGUGCAAGAGAUUCCCGCUGCUCCUCCCUCCUACCCGUUGAUCCUGGACAGAGACCCUGUACCAGAAGAGCUGGAGUGGGAGGCCUACGUGUCCGACUCGGACUCGGACGGCGAAGGCCAAGGGUCUUGGUCCGACAUAUUGUCACCGGAGGAACGGGAGCGGCAGCGGCGGGAGAGGGAGGAGUCCCGUCGCGUCCUGUCCGAGCUCAAAGCUGUGCUGGGCUUUCGUGCGUCAGAGGGGGAGAGGAUGAAGAGGAAGCAGCUGCUCUUCAACGACCAAGCUGCUGUGACGCUUUCAGCUCACGCCGAGAGUUCAGACCCGGCCACAAACCCGUCAGACGCUCCGGCAGAAACCAACGCUGAAGAAGGAAACCACCUUUCAGAGUUCCCCGCAGGAAGCGAAGGGGAGGAAGAGGAAGGAAAAGAUGAGGGCAGGGUGAGGCCUGACCCCGUCGCAGAGCCGGUGACGGAGUUUAUCUGCGGUCUGGAGGCGAAGGAGGGGGAGCUGGGAGGAGCAUCUGUGUGUACGAGAGGAGGAGGAGGAGCGUCCGAGCUGCACCAAUACGACGGCGUCCUGGAGGCGGGCGAGGGCCAGAACGGUCUGGACUGCUUCCUGAUGCGUAAAGUCCCCGCUGUGUCCGUGAUGGACAGACUGACGGAGAUCCACGGCCCGGAGGCUCUCAGCUUCAACUCCGCCCUCGCCGCUCAGGUGGCGGCGCGCUCUCACUCCCUCGUCAACAUGGAGGAGCAGACGUUCGGAGACGACGAUGAAGAAGAGGAGGAGGAGGAGGAGGAGGAGGAAGACAGACGAGCCCCUGAGAAGGACUGAAACGAAACCCGCUGCUUUAACGAAGCGCUGAGCAGAGACUGUAUUUAUGUCCGAUUAGUCUGGGUGUCUUUUAUCGACGGGUCUGUGUUACAUCUCAACUGUUUCUGCUGUGUCACCCAUCCGUCCAUGUCACUGUACAUCAGCCACAAUUCUUACUGCUCUUUUUGCUGUUAAAACUCAGGUACCAGAACCACUAAAACAAAACAUGACCUUAACAGUGUUGAGGCCAGAAGACCAGAACAGUUUCCUCGGUGACAUCCACAUAGUGUAUAUUGAUCACAAUCGCUCGAUAGAUGUGGAAACAAAGAUUGUAAAGUGAUUGGCUCUGUACGUUUAAAAAAAAACAGUGUGAAAUAUUUGAGAUUUUUAAAAAAUACGUUUUCUCAUAAAAUCAAAUCAAUCUUGAGUUAAUGUGAGGACGUCAUGGGCCGCAGGAGAGGAGAGGUUGGGAGUGUUCAGACCGAACGCGACGAUACAAAUUCACCUUUUUAAAGAAAGAAUUUAACAUGGGGACUUAUGGAGAUUGACUUGUUCGGUAGCCAGGACGUUUGCUUUAAAUAAAGUAUCUGCAGCCGGUGAACGCAGACUUUGCUUUCUGUCUGAACACACCUCGAACAGAAGCGUGAACCCGAGCCCGGCGUCGAUUCCUCUAGGCGGACAGACGUAGACGCAAAGUGUUAGAGGGGAGCUGCUCUGCAAGAAGAGGAAGUGAAAAGCUAUUUUUAAUAUCGGCGCUUUAUUUUUAUCCACCUCUCUCUCUCUCUCUCUUUCUCUUUCUCUCUAGCCGAACACACACAUUCAUUAUCCUGUUUGGAAUACUGUUGUAUCUGAGAACAAUUCACUGAAACAGCGUCUGUGUUUACAGGGGCACACUUCAGAGGGGAGGAUAAGGAAGUUUAUGACUCGACACUUUACAGACUGAACUGUGUGGCAUGAAUUCAACGAGCUGCUGCUGCUGCUGUGAUGUGAGGUUUGAUUUGUUUGAUACCUGUACGGGUAUAAUUUAAACAACAACAACAACAACAAAAAAAAAAGAUGUUUUCUCUCAUGUGAGGGCAAUCUUUAACUUUAUGUUUCAUAUGAAGUUGCCAUAAAGAGUCCGACCGCCCUGAUGUAUGCCCCGCACCCUCCUCCUCCUCCUUUCCCAGUCUUUCUUGUCACCAUGUCUGCCUUGUCCUGACCCCUCCUGCACCCUCGGGUGUGAGGCCUACUACUACUCCCCUCCUCCCUCUCUCCUGCAUUUUCCAACGUGAAAUAAAAUACUCAUUCUGGAAGUGUU